AUUGGGAAAGAAAAAGAACUAGAAGGUCGCAGUUACAAGAAGACGUUUCUUUAAGAAGGAAGUGAGUUUUUUCUUGGUGCUUCCUCAACCGGUAAAAAGCUAUCUUCAAAUGGCUAUUUUGCUAAUCGUCUUUUGUACACUGAUUUAUGUGCUGAUUAAUGUGGUGAUGUAUAAACUUUGGGUGAGGCCUCCCAAUUUCCCUCCAGGCCCUAGAGGAGUGCCUCUUUUAGGGUAUGCCCCUCUGUUGGCAAAAAAAGGACCCCUCUUUAAACUCAUUUUAAAUCUGACGAAAAAAUAUGGCCCAGUCACCGGUUUUUACGUGGGGCCAACUCAGCCUUUUAUUUGCGUCGCUGGACCGAAAGCUGUCAAGGAAGCACUGCACAAUGAUGAUCUCGACGGUAGACCUUGUGGUGCAAUCUUAAUGAGCAGAACUUUUGGAAAGAGGCUAGGUUUACUGUUUGUUGAUGGCGAUUCGUGGCAGGAACAGAGGAGAUUUGUGCUCCGUCAUUUGCGUGAAUUCUGCAUGGGAAAGACAUUGAUCGAAAAGCAGAUGAUGAAUGAAAUCAACGAUUUGAUAGCGGACAUCACUGCAACCUCAAAUGCUAAUCCUGACCAUAUUGUUGAUUUCAAAGGCAUGUUUGUAGUAUCGGUCAUUAAUAUUCUGUGGACAUUCCUUGGAGGAAAAAGAUUCCGUCGUGACGAUGAAAUGUUUAAAAAACUGUCGAUCAACGUGGAACAAUUCCUCCACGGCGGAAACGCCCUGAAAAUCAGUUUUCCUAUUCCUGCUUUUAUACUUCGUUCAUUUCCGUCUCUACCAAGGCUACUUGGUAUCAGUACGCAAUUAUUCGUUCCUCUGCAGAAAUUCAUCAAGGAAACCAUACAACAACAUCUUUACACAAGAUUCAAAGGAGAUCCCGCUCGCGAUUUCAUUGAUGUCUAUUUAGACCAAAUAAGGGCCGAGUUAGAAAAGAAUUCUUCCACGACUUUCAGCAAGAAGCAGCUCAUCGCUAUAAUCCAGGAUCUGUUUGGGGCAGGAUCCGACACCUCUUCAAGUUCCAUUGGAUUCGGGAUUCUUUACUUGAUUCACUACCCAGAAAUUCAGCAGAAAUUGUGGGAGGAAAUCAACCAAAUUUGCGGGGAUUCCCUUCCGUCAUUGUCUCACCGGUCAAGGUUGCCGUACACAGAAGCUGUUUUGAUGGAGGUCAUAAGACUAUCUAGCGUCGCUCCGUUAGCUGUCCCUCAUUGCGCCUUGAGGGAAACGCACCUUCAAGGUUUCACAAUUCCCCAGGGAAGCAUCAUUGCUAUCAGUCUCAACUCGUUGAUGAAAGAUAUCAGCAUUUGGGGAGAUCCAGAAAACUUCCGCCCUGAACGUCAUUUAGAUCAAGAAGGGAACCUGAUUCAAAACGAGUCGUAUACACCUUUCGGUACAGGAAAGCGAAUGUGUUUGGGCGAGGCGUUGGCACGGAAUACAGUCUUUCUAUUCAUGGCGUGUCUUGUGAAAAAAUUCGAAUUCAAACCUGUUCCAGGCGAACCGCUGCCUACGUUGGAACCAAUCAUCGGAAUUGUUCUCGGUCCCAAACCAUUUAGAGCUGUUGCUAUUCCGCGUGAUCACUAAUUGCCCGGUGUAUUUGUAAUAACGAUUACUUUCAUGACGUCUAUAAAUGCAAACUAAAAUCAA